UUUAUAUUUCAUUUUACCGUUGGAGUCGGAAAACGAUCCUGUUGUCGCGUAGUUUGUGAGUUUUUUCAACCGUUAACUUGUCUAGCCGUACUAAAAGUGUCAACUUUUGCUUUUUACUAAAAUAAUGAUAUUCAGUUCCGAGUUAUAUGAUAAAUAAGAAACUCAACACCAUGCAUGUGAUUCCGGUUGUAAUUUGUAUGUUUGUGGAGAAUUGAACGUCUUCAAAUCGAGCAGUGCAGGGAAUGACAUCAGUGCCGUCUGAUUGGACAAUUUGAGGAAGCGCUUUGAAAUAUUGAUGUUAACAAAAUAAAACCAGUGUGACGUCAUGUAUGCAUCAUUGCUUGUGUAUCUAUGCACAGGCAUGCGCUUUUGCAUUUUAAAUGUGUUGAACACAUCACAUCCUACAGCUAUUUGCAAACGCGGCUAACCUAGCUACUUUUGCUGUCGUCUGACGACCGUGAAAAUAAAAAAAUGAGUUGAAGUUGAAGAUUACAAAUGCAAAUUAUGCCAGGAAUGUUCUGUGAGCAUCAUGGGGAUGAUAUCUACUUCAAACUUUAUUUCACUACUUCAUGUUGGAUAUUGGUCACUUCUGUUCUGGAUCACAGUUCAUUUUGUGUCACUUCCUGUUCAUGUUUCACUACUUCCUGUUGGAUAUUGGCCACUUCUGUUCAGGAUCACAGUUCAUUUUGUGUCACUUCCUAUUCAUGGUCACUUCCUGUUUGAUGUUGAUAUACUUCUGGGUCACUUCCUGUUGAUUUUGGGCCACUUCAAGAUCACUUCCUGCAGAUUUUGGGUCACCCCGGGAAUAAAGAUCACCAGCCAUGGCCGGCCCCGUGAUCAGGAACUGGUGGCACACGUACCAACUGGACAAAUCCGACAUCAACGACUCCAACAAAGAAGAGGACAAAGACGACCUCGCGGAGAAACGCCAGCUGUCGAUUAGUCAGACCCUGCGGACCAGACAACUGCGAGUGGAUUUCGACGGCAACCGUCCGGUUUUGAGUCUCCGAGCGCCUCUGGAUCUGGUUCAGUUCCCGUCCAUUUCCGGUCCCCGAUGGCCUGUGGAGUGUGAGGUCGUCAGUAACGCCAUCCACCACAUUGAGUGGAAACCACCAAAGCCUGAACCGCUUUACCACCCAACCGGGCAUGAGAAGACACCAUUUUCACAGGCGGACGAGAGCAGAACAUUACAGACCACACAAGUUGUCUACUGCAUUGACCAAGGAGACAAGUGUCCCUACUUCACCUGCUCUCGUGUGGGAGGCUCGCGGAUAUCCACCUCCCCUAACGACGCCGACCAGAAGGACCUCUCCCUCGAGUUCGAAUCCCGAUUUGAGAGCGGAAACCUUCAGAAAGCCGUGCAAGUCGGUCCGCACGAAUACGAACUCACCCUGCGCACCGACAUGUACACCAGCAAACACACGCAGUGGUUCUACUUCCGCGUGCGGAACAUGAAAGCCGAGGUGAGCUACCGCCUCACCAUCGUCAACUUGAUGAAGCGCCGCAGCCUCUACUCGCAAGGGAUGAAACCCCUGCUCUACUCCGAGAGAGCCGCAGAAGAAACGGCCGUCGGGUGGAUACGGACCGGCUCCAACAUCACGUACUACCGCAGUCAGAAUUCAAAGGAUUCCGACUCCAAAACUCUGUACUCCCUCACAUGGACGCUCCAGUUCCCCUAUGAAUCAGACACAUGCUACCUUGCCCACUGCUACCCAUACACAUAUUCGCACCUCCAGAGCUAUCUCAGGCACAUUUCCUCCAACCCGGCAGUGGUGUCCUACUGCACCGUCCGGGUGCUGUGCUACAGUUUGGCCGGUAACGCCGUCUACGUUCUGACGGUGACGUCUCGGGCCGGAGAUCGAGAGGAGGAAAGCAAAACCAAGAGGGCCGUGGUGGUGACGGCUCGGGUGCACCCGGGAGAAACUAACGCGUCCUGGUUGAUGGAAGGGUUCUUGGACUUCCUGUUGGGGGACUCGGAUGAUGCACAGCUGCUGCGAGACACUUUUGUUUUCAAGGUGGUGCCAAUGCUGAACCCUGACGGCGUGGUGGUGGGCAAUUACCGCUGCUCUCUGGCCGGAAGAGACCUCAACAGAAAUUACAAGACCACGCUCCGGGAUUCCUUCCCUUGCGUCUGGCAUACUCGCAACAUGGUGGAAAAACUAAUGAAGCAGAGCGACGUCAUCCUCUACUGCGACUUCCACGGCCACAACCGUAAAAACAACGUCUUCAUGUACGGCUGCAACAACCGCGACGAAGAUGCGCCUAAACUUCUGGAGCGAGUUUUCCCUUUCAUGCUGAGCAAGAAUGUCAAAAACAUGUUUGCCUUCAGGAGCUGCAAAUUCCAAGUGCAGAAAAGCAAAGAGGGAACCGGGCGAGUGGCCAUGUGGAGGCUCGGCAUCAAAAACAGCUACACGAUGGAGACCUCCUUUGGAGGUUCCACACUUGGUGAUAAGAAGGGAACUCAUUUAAGUAUGCAAGAUCUUAAAUCUUUGGGUUUCUACUUUUGCGACACCUUACUCGACUUUUGUGAUCCGGACCCCACCAAGGUGACUUACUGUCUGAGAGAAGUAGCGGCUCUGUUGCGAGAGGAAUUCCGAGAACUGGGCAAAGAUUUGGACACCGACUUCUCCGUCUUCGAUUUGGAAUCGGGGACCAGCGGUUCCAAUAGUUCGGAUUCUGAUGGACCUCCGCUCCAUUUGCUCCAACACCCGCGAUCUCGCACUGAAGAGCCAUCUUCCGUCAAGAAUAAGAAGAAAAUGACUCGGAAAGAAAGAAACCAUCUGAAAGGCAGGAUACGACCUGAAGUGGUCCAGAGCACCAUUCAAAAUAUUGAGCCGGACUUCCCGACUGAAAGAGUCAACCCAGAAAGGCCGCUUCCACAACACAAGAGAAAUGGGCAGGUGAAUAUCCCAGAGAGAAAAAGCGUCAGCCCAGCCAGGAAUCCGGUGAACGGUGGGAUCAGUCACGUCAGCCUAUGGGAAGGCUUUCAGGAAGACUGCCGAGAAGACGCCAGGACAGACGUGGACGCGCGCCGCAAGAAGAGACCCGGUUCGAACCUGUUGCCUCCAAGAGAGCAAGAAGACCGAUCCCAUUGGAGCUACACGUCCAAGCUGCUGCACUUGAGCGCUCUCCUUCAACGACCUCCCAAGUUGCACCCCAAGGCCCAGCAGCAGCUGCAGCAGCUCCAUCAUCACCAGCUUCAGCAGCACCAGCAUUUUUAUACGCAUCCGCAUCUUCAGCAACGUUACUACCGACACAACCGCUAUAACCUCCUGCAUCGCCAACUGCAGCAGCAACAGCAGCAGCAACUGCAGCAGCAGCAGCAGCAGCCCCCGCUCAAGCAGCACCAGUAUUUUAACCAUCAUCUUCAUCACGAGCAAUUUGGUCUUGACCAUCUUCAGGACGAGUCGCCGCUGUUGCCCCAGCCGCUACCGCAACCUCAGCCGCAACAGCAUCAUCAUCAGCAGAAUUGUGUCCCUCGCCCGUUGCCCGUCACCACCCCUACCACCACCUCCUCCGCAAGUUCCCAGCGUCCCACGUUUGACCUGAUUCCCCCGAGGCAGCACUCGUCAAACAUGGUCAACGGACACGACGGUCAAAGAGAGCGGAUUCCCUACGUGGCGCCCAACCGUUACUACGCCCCCCAAGAUCAGACCAGCGUUCCCACGGAAUCGUCCAACAACAAUAGAUGGGAAGGGAGCAGCCACGGGCAUUUUUCCGAAGUGGCGUUGCUGAAACAUCUACCGUUUCGAGAGAUUAACCGUCGAGAUCUUCUCUCGGAAAUCUGCGGGAAGAAGCCCAUGUCACACCCGCAUUUUUUAAUGCCUGUAAUCAGGUACACGGAGCCGCAAGGACAUAGACUGAGUGUUCUGCCAACAGAAGACAAAGGCGCAAAGACUGUUUUGCCCCCUGUGGUAAAGCGCUCCACAUCCGCAGAGUGGCAACAUAGGUGACCGGCCGGGAUAAUCAUCAUUAUCAUCAUCGUCACGCCAGCUUUGAAAUGAAGCAUGUCAGCGCUCCAGUUCAGACAAGAGUAUUGAAACUUUUGGUGUUGAACUCCUUGGUUUUGGCAGUGUCAGCCACAGGAAGGAAACCGGGAGCAGGAGUCCCAAAAUACAAAAUAAAGGACAUUAAAAUAUGGUAUCAUUUCAGUAUUAUUCUUUUUAUAUUUCAAGGUUUUGUUUCAAAAUUUCAUUUCAACAUUUACAUUUUAAUAUUUAUUUCACUUUUGUUUUCAACAUAAAAAAAAACUAAAAAAAACUUGCAAUGGUAGCUUUGCUGUGAUGGUUGCUACAUCGGGUCACUUCCAGUUAAUUUUGAGGGAUCUCAGACUUACUGUAGAUAUUUGGUCACUUCCUGUUUAUUUUGGGGCAUUUUGAGGUUACUUCCUGUUGUUUUUGGCUCACUUCAUGUUGAUUCGGUGCGUUUGGAGGUCACUUCUUGUUCAUAAUUUGAUCACUUCCUGUUGAUUUUGGGGCAUUUUGAGGUCACUUCCUGUUCAUAUUUGGUUGAUUUUGGGGAAUUUUGAGGUCACUUCCUGUUCAUAUUAGGGCAUUUUGAGGUCACUUCCUGUUCAUAUUUGGUCACUUCUUGUUGAUUUUGGGACAUUUCAGGUUCACCUCCUGUUGAUUUUGGGGCAUUUUGAGGUCACUUCCUGUUGAUAUUGGGUCACUCCCUGUUGAUUUUGGGGCAUUUCAGAUCAUUUCUUGUUGAUUUUCAGUCACUUCCUGUUGAU